AUGAUAGUUGUUGAUGCAAGUUAUCUUAGAGGACUGUACAGUGGCAUAUUUGUAGCUGCAUGUACUAUGGAUGGAGCCGGCCAUAUAUUUCCAUUGGCAUAUCGAAUAGUAGAUUCUGAAAAUGAUAUAUCCUGGACAUGGAAGUCACAUGAUGCAUUGUCUGAAAUCUUCUAUACCAUGGCGAAAUCAUACUCAAAGACUGAAUUUCAUAAUUUAAUAGAGAAAGUGGAGGUAGUUGAUGUUAGGGUAAAGAAUUACUUGAAGUUGGCGGGAUACGAUAAGUGGGCUUGGUCAUAUGUAACAGUUUAUAGGGGAUGGACCUUAACAUCAAAUAUUGUAGAGUCAAUUAAUGCUGCACUGGUAUCAGCUAGAGAACUUCCAAUCUAUGAUUUUUUAGAGGAAGUUAGAUUGAUGUUUUGUAGAUGGAACUGUGAAAACAGACAUGAGGCAUUGUACACACGCACGGAUCUUAUUGGAAAAUUUCAAGCAAUUCUCCAACAGAAUGAAGCAGAGUGUACACGUAUGAAGGUUAUACCAGCAUCAGACAAGAAUCUUGAAAAAGGACCAUAUUGCUCUAACCUAUACAAGCCAAAAAUUGUACUAAGAACGUAUGAUCUUCCUGUAUAUCCUCUACCACAUAAAGAUGACUGGGUGAUACCUCAGGAAAUUUUAAACGAAGUAGUUUUGCCCCCAAAAUACAAGCGCCCCCCUGGAAGACCUGCAAAGAAGGAGCGCGGUAAAUCAGGAAGAGAUAUGUUUGAAAAGAAAAGCAAAAAUUAUUGA